CAGGUGGCCGGGUAGGGCCAGCCCAGCUGUGAGGCUGGCGUGGGAGCUGCCUAGGCUGGGGCCUUGCUGGGGAGCAAGCCUGCAUCGCAGAGGCCAGGGCAGAGUGACUCCUCACAGCCUGAAACUCGUCCUCCUGCACGGGCCGGCCAGGCCAGCACAGAGGCACCAGGGCAGCGGCGCACGCAGGUCCCCGGGGACCCCGCCAUGUGGACCACAUGGUGGCUUUGGCCCCUUGUGGCCGUCUGCACUGCAGACUUCUUCCGGGAGGAGGCAGAGAGGAUCAUGAAGGACUCCCCUGUCAUUGAUGGGCACAACGACCUGCCCUGGCAGCUGCUGAGUAUGUUCAACAACCAGCUGCAGGAUGCGAGGGCCAACCUGACCACCUUGGCCGACACACACACCAACAUCCCCAAGCUGAGGGCUGGCUUCGUGGGAGGUCAGUUCUGGUCCGUGUACACGCCCUGCGACACCCAGGACAAAGACACCGUGCGGAGGACGCUGGAGCAGAUGGAUGUGGUCCACCGCAUGUGCCAGAUGUACCCUGAGACCUUCCUGUAUGUCACCAGCAGUGCAGGCAUCCGGCAGGCCUUCCAGGAAGGGAAGGUGGCCAGCCUGAUCGGCGUGGAGGGCGGCCACUCCAUUGACAGCAGUCUGGGCGUCCUGCGGGCGCUCUAUCAGCUGGGCAUGCGGUACCUGACCCUCACCCACAACUGCAACACGCCCUGGGCUGACAACUGGCUGGUGGACACGGGAGACAGCAAGCCCCAGAGCCAAGGCCUGUCACCCUUUGGGCAGCGUGUGGUGAAGGAGCUGAACCGUCUGGGAGUCCUCAUCGACCUGGCUCACGUGUCUGUGGCCACCAUGAAGGCCACCCUGCAGCUGUCCAGAGCCCCGGUCAUCUUCAGCCACUCCUCGGCCUACAGCGUGUGUGCAAGCCGGCGCAACGUGCCUGACGACGUCCUGAGGCUGGUGAAACAGACGGACAGCCUGGUGAUGGUGAAUUUCUACAACAAUUACGUUUCCUGCACCAACAAGGCCAACCUGUCCCAAGUGGCCGACCAUCUGGAUCACAUCAAGGAGGUGGCAGGAGCCAGAGCUGUGGGCUUUGGUGGGGACUUUGACGGUGUUUCAAGGGUCCCUGAGGGGCUGGAGGACGUCUCCAAGUAUCCAGACCUGAUCGCUGAGCUGCUCAGGAGGAACUGGACAGAGGCGGAAGUCAGGGGUGCACUGGCCAACAACCUGCUGAGGGUCUUCGAGGCUGUGGAGCAGGUGAGGAUGGGGUGGCUGCCUGAGCGCGUCCCCCCAACCGCCAGCAGACAGGCUGCCCCACCUGUGUCUGUCCCCAGGCCAGCAACCUCACGCAGGCUCCCGAGGAGGAGCCCAUCCCGCGGGACGAGCUGGGCGGCUCCUGCAGGACGUAUUACGGCUACCCCUCCGGGGCCUCCAGCCUCCAUCACCAGCGGGGGUUCCUGCUGGCCUCCCUCGCUCCCCUGGUCCUCUGUCUGUGUCUCCUGUGAAAGCUGGGAGACCAGAGCCCCCUUUAGGGCUCCUGGAGUUCAGGGAAGACCUGCCCAUCCAGGACUGCAGAUGCCAGGAACCCUGCUGCUCGCAUGCAAGGACCAGCAUCUCCUGAGCGGGUGUCUGGGCUCACCUGGGGGGCAGGAUACCUGGGGACAGCUCAGGACACACACACACACAGUAGGCCCUCAAUAAAAGCAACAUCCCUUCA